CCGUCAUCGGCAGGUGGCGCGUCGUAAGCAGUGAGUCCGUCCGGAGUGUGUUCCAAUGGCCGCCGUUAUCGUUUGCCCACCGCAAUAGCCCGCCGCCGCCCAACGAUCCGACAAGCCGUUCCCGGGCUCCCGACGCCGCAAAGGCCAUCAGUCAUUACGAAAACCGAACCCGCGGCCCACGAACGCCGAUCAGCGACGACGAUUGACGGGCACACGGAUAUUGGACACGUCCCGUCGUCCAACGAAGCACGCACCGGGACGCCCAGCACUAUCUCGUGAUCGCCACUGAGCUCCGGACAACUCCAGAACACCAGGCGUGAGAGGCUGCCUCCAGAUAGAUAUUUUCAACGACAAGCUGUGUAACGUCCUGCUAUUCUAAUUGUUCGUAAGCAACUAUGUCGGUACCUAGUCAAUUGAAAAUUGACAACUGGGGCAAUUUCUUCAUGCAGCGCCUCAACAACUUGGCCAAAAAAGAUGAAUACUGCGACUAUACCAUUCGUUCAGUGACAAAUGAAUCUUUUAAAGUCCACAGAGUUGUUUUGAAUACGUGUUCAGACUAUUUUGUUUCCCACCCAAGUACUGACAAAACAAUGACAAUGCCUGUACAUCUAGACUUUGAUGCAGUUAAGAGUGUUAUCAUGUUUAUGUAUACCGGACAACUGCAUUACACCGAAGACAGUCGUAUGAGUUUAAUUGAAGUAGCUGACAUGUUACAGGUUACUGUGUUACUUAAGCUUUUAGAGUCACAGAAUGGAGCAAACAAAGUAACUCCUAAGUAUCACUCCCCACAAGCUUCAACAUCAAGAACUCAUUCAGCAAUUGCACUAAAUCAAUAUAGGCCUGCGAAGAAACCAACCACUCAAACUAAUAUGACCGUUAGAUCACCACCAGAACAUACACCAGCAUCUACUUUUAUUAAUACAAUGAAAGUGAAAGAUAUUUUGAGUGAAAAUAAACCAAUGCGGUUUGAAUGUGAUGCCGAUGACGUACCUGAGUUUAUAGAACAAACUUUUGAAUUACCUAAGUAUGAUAGUGCGCCUUUAAUUAAACAAGAAAAUUGUGAUAGUGCAAAGGCAAUGCUCAAGAGAGCUUCCAAUGGAGAAUUGAUUAAUAAGAGCAUAGACAAGGGUCAUAGAACCCAAGUCAUUAAAUGUGAGGCUCAAACUAUAUCAUCACCAGCAGGCAAGAAAUUAAAAAUUGUCAGUGAUACAGACCCGGAGAACACCAAUAGCAAAGUAGUGCAAGAAAUCUUAAAGAAAUACCCACAUUUAUUGCAAAGUAAAGGUAACAUUAAAUUGAAAAUUAUGUCUAGUACUAAUCAAAGCCAGUUUGAAAGCAUAAUUAUCAACACUCCUAAUUCAAUCGAGAAAAUUAUACCUGCUGGGAGUGCUGUUAAAAAACCAAUUACUACUCACAAAGUCAAGCCGGAUAUCAUGAACACAACUGGACCUUGGUCCUGUAAUCUUUGUGGAACUGACACCAAUCCAUUGAAAUUAGAUUCUUAUUUAAUAUACAGGAGACAUUUGGUAGAAAAACAUAAUGAGAAAGAAGACACUAGAGUUUGUGAAUACUGUGGACACUUUUCUGUACGUAAGAGCUUACAAAUACAUCACAUGUACACAAAACACAAAAUUGAGCCGCCUGCUGAUUUCAAAUUUCCUCAAUGCGAAGAUUGUGGAUUUGUUGCUACAACCGAAGUUCAUUUAAAACGACAUAAGAACUUGGAGAAAUGUGGCAUUAAACCACAAUCCAAAACAGAAUAUGGAAGUUAUACUUGCUCUGAGUGUGAUAGGACGUUCCGUUCAAGUUUGAUGCUUAAAGGACAUUUGAGAAAUUUCCAUAAAGUUGAUGACAUUAUUCCUUCAACUUCAUCAACCAAAGAGCUAUUGAUUUCUGUUAUUGAUAAUAUACCACCUGGAGCCAAAGUUUUAGCUGAAAAUAAUAUUAUAAAUGAAACGGAUGAUCUAGUAAAAAGCGAAGAAGUUAUUUACAAUGAAGAAACUACAGAAGUAGAAACUGUGACGCUGGAAGAUGCUGAACAGGUACUUGAAGAAAAUGAUGAUGAUUGUAAAUCCACCGUACCUGUUGACCUCACGGAAGAGUGGGAUGAUUUUGAUGAUGUGGAUACAAACAAAAAUGAAGAAUCUGACAAAGAAGACAACAGAGAUGCUAAACCUUGUAGAAUAGAAUUGGAGUGAGCCAAAAACAAAAUUGUAUUACUCAAAUGUUCAGAAUAUUGUUAUAUUGUAAUAAAAUAUAGUAUUUGUUAUCAUCCAAUACCAUAUUUUAAAUAUGUAGUCAUACAUUUUAACCAAACCACUUGACUAGAUGUUAAAUUGGUACUAAUGAUUAAAAAAAUUGGCAAUUAUUUAUUUAUAUAGGUAUUGUAAAUAACUAUUAUUUACCAUUUAGAACUUGAUAUUAAAUCAUAAAUAUUAAUUUAUUAGAUACCUUUGUAGUGGAUGAUACCAACAGUGAUUAUAAUAUUAGGCAUUUUUAAUAAUGUAAAACAAUUAUUUCAGUACCAUAAUACACAAUAUACAUAUUAUUAUAUUGUGUAUUUGUGUAAUACAUUUUAAUAAUGCAAUUGACAUAGCUUCUGUGAAAUAGUAUGGCACAUUAUAAAAUUCAUUUUCAAUAUAUUUUUAAUUUAAAUGUAUCAAAAUAUGUGAUAUUUUUGUACUUAUAAUGGGUGUUGCUUGCCUAUAUUGUUAUAUUAAUUUAGUUUAUUAUACAAUAAAUAUAGUAGUAAAUUAUAAAGUUAAAGAAAAGUAAAUAUUUUAAUACCAUAAAAAUUAUAACAUACCUAUGACAAUUAUUAAAAAAAACAAAAUUUACAUAAAAAUAAUAAAUUAUUUUUCUGAAUAAUGUACAUAAUAUUAAAUAAACUAUUACGCAUUAUAUUUAAAUUAAAUUAAAUAAAUAUAUGUAAUCAGAUAUUUUGGUAACAAAGUUUAUAAAGUGUGACUUUAAUCAAUUUCUUGAUCACCAUCUAGUUAAGUAUAUAUUUCAAAAUUGUUUUUUUUAUCUAGUCUAAUUAUUAUUAAAUAGCUACCUUACCAACAACUAGAUUUUAAAUAACAAUUUAAUAUUUCUAAAGUACUUGUUUAGUCAUGACUCAUGAGCUUUAUAAUAUGUAUUUUUUUUUUAAACAAAAAUUGUUAAUUUUCCAUUAAUAAAAAACAUCAGUCAAACCAUAAAAGUUUAUACUAGUUAAUCAGUACUAUAAAGUAUAAUGGUGUAGUGCACAGCAUAUGAAUCAGGUAAAUUGUUUGAGAAUUUAUAGCAUGACACUAGAUAGGUUCAGGCAAUGUAUUGUUUUUAAAUUUUUCAUACCGAUCAUAUAUGCGUUAGAUGAAAACCUUGUUUAUGAUAAAUGAUGUAUAAUGUAUAUUAUAAAUUAAUAAUUUAACACUUAUUGUCAUAUUUUAUGCCUAUUACUCAUGAUUGUUGACUAUGGGUCGCCAACCAGUUGAUCUUAAGAGAAAUAUUGGUCGAUCGUAUUGAAAAUUAAUUAUACGAAUAUCAGUUGAUCAAGUGCAUAAUCUUAUAAACAUUUUUACACUUUAGGUACCUAUGUACAAAGUAAAGUAUUUAUAAGCGACGAAAUACAUGAUUUUC